AUGUCAGAUACUCGGUUUCCCGUUUUGAUCGUUGGUGGAGGCAUAGUUGGGCUCUCUGCCUCUCUCUUCCUCUCCGCCCAUGGUGUGAAGUCGCUGGUGGUUGAGCGGCGAUCCGGAACAUCCACACAUCCUCGAGCACGUGGCCUCAAUCGGCGGACAAUGGAGUUGUACCGCAGUAUUGGAAUCGAUGAAGCGGUUCGUGCUGCAGGGGCUGCUCUUGCUCCCAGUUUUGGAAUAUAUCAGGGCUCCUCCUUGGUGGAAGUGGUUGAGUCUCAUCCUCGGAAAGAAGACAAGGGUACACCCCUCCUUCCUGGUGCGGCAUAUUUCAGCUAUCUCGGUCCGGUCGAGGGUGCCCGUGGGACGCAAGAUAUGAUUGAGCCUGUGUUACUCUCCGCGGUCCGUGACCGAGGGGGCGCGGUCCAGUUCAGCACGGAGUGCAUCGGUUUUGAUCAGGGUUCAGACGGGGUCACCGCAACCCUAAGCGACCGCAACACUGGUUCUAUGACAACUGUCAAUGCAAAAUAUUUGAUUGCAGCAGAUGGCGCAAAUAGUCCGAUUCGGCGGAUUCUUGGUGUGCAGACCACCGGCGCGGGGACACUUGGGCAUCUCCUCAGUGUCCUAUUCCAUGCAGACUUGAGUGAGCUUGUCCGUGGAAGAAAAUUCAGUAUGUGCCUUGUCGACCAACCUGCAGUCAAAGGCUUGUUCACCUCUAUAAACAACCAUGAUCGGUGGAUAUUUCAUCUUUCAUAUGAUCCGCGAAAGAAUAAAGUCGAGGAUUUUUCUCCGGAGCAUUGUGAGAAGUUACUGAAACUGGCUCUCGGACUAUCGGAUAUCGAAAUUGAGAUCGAGAGUAUUUUGCCUUGGGAACCCACUGUCCGAGUUGCGGAAGCAUUUCAGCAUGGGCGGGUGUUUCUUGCUGGAGACGCCGCUCACCAGAUGCCACCCUGGGGUGGUCAAGGUGCGACGACUGGUAUUGCAGACGUCCACAACCUGGCCUGGAAGUUGGCAGCUGUGCUGCAUGAACAAGCAGCCCCCACCCUUUUGGAGACCUAUGACGCCGAGCGUCUUCCCAUUGGACGUCUCGUCUCAGAUGAAUCCGGGGCAGCAUCUCGCGAGGAUGGCCUAAUCUCAUUGAAGAAGAGUAUCCCCUCGAUACUGGCACUCAUUCGCAGACUCCCACGAAUUGCGGGUUAUGGUUAUGUUUAUUCAUCUCGAGCAAUUGAUGAAGACGAUACCACGCCUAUUCUCCAUAAGAUUGCUGGCCUCCUCCCUAGUCCAGCGUGGGCUCUUGGGCUUUGCGGAAACGCCGGGUCUCGGGCUCCGCACAUUUGGGUCCAGCGCAAUGGACUCCGUAUAUCAACCCUCGAUUUAUUCACCAAAAAUUUUGUCAUUAUGGCCGGAACACAGGGCAAAGAGUGGUGCCACGCUGUUUCAUCUGUGGCAACACUGUUGAAGGUUGAACUUGAUGCAUAUGUAGUUGGUCGCGAGAGUAAGCUGGUAGCGCCUGACGGUCAAUGGGAAUAUGCUGCCGGUAUUUCACCAAAGGGAGCAGUACUGGUCCGUCCCGAUGGCUUCGUUGCUUGGCGUUCGUGGGGUAUGCCUUCAAAUGCUGAACGAAAGCUUGGAGAUGUAUUGAAAAAGGUGCUCGGUCGAUGA